GAUGCAGAGUUAGAAAUUAAGAGAGCAAAUGCUUUCUCUUUGAGGAAAAGAAACAGAGUGCUAGGUGUAAGCUGGACACUGGAUCUGACAUCGGUAGUACAUAGGUUUGGUUUCGGUGGCAGGAAGGAGACGUCUGUGGUACCCGGGAGAACUACCUACCCGAGCUGUGAAGGAAAAGUAACUUGAGAAAAGACUGCAGCUUGUUCUUUUCUCCUGCAUUGUUGUCAUCAGGCAAUGGAUCAAUGUGUCAUGGGCAAGGUUUGCGCCAUUUUUGGAGGAUCCCGAGGAAUAGGAAAAGCUGUUGCAGAAUUACUGGCACAGAGAGGCUGCCGCCUGGCGAUUAUUGCUAGAAAUCUGGAAGUAGCCCAGACCACUGCACGUAAUCUUGGUGCAGGACAUCUGGCACUUCGCUGUGAUGUAUCCAGUGAACAAGAAGUCCAAAAUACUUUUGAGGAGAUGCAGAGGAAUUUAGGUCCUAUUAACUACUUGGUUAACGCAGCUGGGAUCAACAGGGAUGGUUUGUUACUGAGAACCAAGACUGAAGAUAUGAUAGCCCAGAUUCACACCAACCUUUUGGGGACAAUGUUGACAUGCAGAGCUGCUGUAAAAAGCAUGAUUCAACAACAGGGAGGUGCUAUUGUCAAUAUAGGAAGUAUUGUAGGAGUUAAAGGCAACUCUGGUCAAAGUGUAUACAGUGCUACCAAAGCAGGGUUGGUUGGAUUUUCACGCUCUCUUGCUAAAGAAGUAGCAAAAAGGCAAAUUCGAGUCAACGUGGUUGCUCCAGGCUUUAUUCACACAGAGAUGACUGCUCAUUUGGAAGAAGAUCGGUUGAAGAAAGCAAUUCUCCUUGGAAGAUUUGGAGAGCCUCGUGAAGUUGCACAAGCUGUUGUCUUUCUUUUGGAGUCCCCUUACGUUACAGGGAGUACUCUAGUUGUAGAUGGAGGCUUGCAGCUUCUGACUUAAAUACUGCCUUGAAAAAGUAGCUACUUAAAUAAUCAUGAUGGUAAUAUAUAAAUAUAUAAUAAUUAAAGGGGGGGGUGUUGUAGAAAUUAGUGGAAAAUUGAUGUAUGUAAUUGACUUGAUAUUCUUAAGUCAGAGGAGAAAUUUAGCAGCAGUGAGUUCCAGCACAUAUGUUUAGCUACCUGGAAGAGUCCAUUUGGUAUUAUGAAGUCUGUGUAUGUAACAAUUGGAAAGAGAUCUGGUUUUCAUAUAGUGAUGUUUUUAAAUAAUGUGCUGAUACAUUUUGAAAGCACUAUAUUUUUAUAAAGUCGUGUUUUGCAGUUUGGGAUAAAGUGGAGAUUUUAUUCAGAUUAUGUUCCACAAAGGUUAAUAAAGUGCAGAGGUAUGUCUGUUGGUUGGCAGGUAUGAUUGCAUCAGGGUUUUCAUGUAAGGUGAAGAUGGCAAACUAUAUAAUUUUUUAUUCUUACCGGUUAGUCCCUACAAAGUGGCAAGGAGUUUCAUUUGUGUUUUGUUUGUUUGUAGCUAACACUACAAAGCUAGGAGCUUCUGUAUCUUCAGUAUACCUGAAUUGCCUUCAGGAGAUUUAAUUAUAUGCCAUGUGUUUUUAUAAAGACAAAACCCACUUAGUUCCAUUCUUCAAUGUAUGUACGGCUCUUUUGAUCAAGUAGCACUUGCAUGUAUGCAUUGAAGGACUGUUGGUUGGUCAUUGGACUUGCUAAUUCUGUGAUAUUCUGAGUCUGAGCUGCACGUACACCGGUGAACAGCACAGUUGCAGGCCUUGCCGCGUAAAAGACUUUUCACAGACUCGCUCAUUUCCAGAAUGCAAAGUCAAGGUGUAUUGCUGUGUAUCUCCUUGAACGCUCAGUUCAACUAUAUUAUGUUGAUGCUCUUUAAUAUGUAUGUAUAGUCAAUAAAAUAGCCAUUUAUUUUAUUCAAAGCA